AUGACUAUGCACGGGGCUCAGCACGGCGGGUUUCCGGUAAUGUUGGGCAGCAUAGACUGUAUGCAUUGGGAAUGGAAGAACUGCCCCUCCGCCUGGAAAGGGUUGUACACAACCGGUUUCAAGAGUAAGCAUCCCACGAUUGUCCUUGAGGCGGUAGCUGACUACCGGCUGUGGAUUUGGCAUGCAUACUUUGGAGUAGCCGGUUCGAACAACGACAUCAAUGUCCUACAGUCGUCCCCUCUUUUCAAUGACCAAGAACUUGGUAUUGGCCCGACUGUCCGUUUCGUCGCCAACGGCAACCAGCACAACAUGGGCUACUAUUUGGCAGAUGGAAUUUAUCCUAUGUGGCCCGUCUUUGUGAAGACGAUCAGAUGCGCAGCAGAAGAUAGGAAGAAACACUUUGCAAGUCGUGAGGAGGUAGCGCGCAAGGAUGUGGAGCGGGCAUUUGGUGUGCUCCAGAGUCGAUGGGCGAUAGUGAAGGGUCCAUCACGGUUGUGGCAUAUGGACUGCAUCGCAGAUGUCAUUUACACACGUAUUAUCAUGCACAACAUGAUUGUCGAAGAUGAAGGUGCAGCACUGACUGAUUGGGCCAGUGACGAUGAUAAUGGUGCCGGUCCAAGCCACGGUGUAGCCACCCCCAGUGGACGUAUGGGGGUACCCCAUGAAGGGGCUGACCGGGUGCGUGCGUUUGCCGACAUGCACCAAGGACAAGCCCAUAUUCGACUCCAGAACGAUUUAAUUGAAGAGCUAUGGUUGCGUCGGGGUCAUCGUUGA